UUUUCUCUUCAGUGUGUGAAAGUUGCAGUUAAAGACAAGCAGGUGAAGUACUUCAUUCACUACAGCGGGUGGAAUAAAAACUGGGAUGAGUGGGUACCAGAAAGUAGAGUACUCAAAUACGUGGACACUAACCUGCAAAAACAAAAAGAACUUCAGAAGGCCAAUCAGGAUCAGUAUGCAGAGGGGAAGAUGAGAGCAGCCGCUCCAGGAAAGAAGUCAGCUGCACUUCAGCAGAAGAAUGUGGAAGUGAAAACCAAGAAAAACAAGCAAAAAGCCCCUGGGAGUGGAGAGGGCACCAGUACCAGCGAUGCUCCUCAGCCACCACGGAAGAAGCGGGCCCGAGUGGAUCCCACUGUUGAGAGUGAGGAGACUUUUAUGAAUAGAGUUGAAGUUAAAGUGAAGAUACCUGAGGAACUGAAACCCUGGCUUGUGGAUGACUGGGAUCUCAUCACACGUCAGAAACAGUUGUUUAAUCUGCCUGCCAAGAAGAAUGUGGAAACUAUUCUUGAAGAAUAUGCUACUUACAAGAAAUCCAGGGGGAACACAGACAACAAGGAGUAUGCAGUGAAUGAAGUUGUAGCGGGUAUUAAGGAAUAUUUUAAUGUCAUGCUGGGCACGCAGCUGCUGUACAAGUUUGAGCGCCCUCAGUAUGCGGAUAUCUUGGCGGAUCACCCCGAUGCCCCCAUGUCCCAAGUCUAUGGUGCUCUCCCCACCUGCUACGCCUUUUUGUUCGUAUUGGGGCAAUGUUAUCAUACACUCCAUUGGAUGAGAAGAGUCUGGCCCUUCUGCUGAACUACCUGCAUGACUUCCUGAAGUAUUUGGCCAAAAAUUCCUCCACGUUGUUCAGUGCCAGCGACUAUGAGGUUGCACCCCCCGAAUACCACAGGAAGGCCGUAUAG